AUGAAGGUGCCAGGCCAGGAGGAGUUUGAAGGCCCCAGUGCUUCUGAAAAUGUCCCUGCAGGGCAGCUGGAUAGCAGCCUUGGCACUGGCCCCAGCCCUGAUGACCCCUCAGACACAAGCAGCAGGGAACUGGGGGUACCCAAGGACCCUCUGCUCUUCAUUCAGCUGAAUGAACUGCUGGGCUGGCCCCAGGCUCUGGCGUGGAGGGAGACAGGCAGGUGGGUACUGUUUGAGGAGAAGCUGGAGAUGGGUGAGGGCCAGUAGAGUGCUCCCCAUGUGCCCACCCUGGCACUGCCUACCCUCCAAAUUCUCCACAGCCUGCUGGCCGAGGGCCUUAUACUGCUGGAUUGUCCAGCUCAGAGCCUCCUGGAACUCAUAGAGCAGGUGACCAGAGUGGAGUCUCUGAGCCCAGAGCUGAGAGGGCAGCUGCAGGCUUUGCUGCUGCAGAGACCCCAGCACCACAUCCAGACCACAGGCACCAGGCCCUGGCGGGGGUCUGACCACCAAAGAGAGGCUUCUCAUGAUGAGAAAGAACAGUGUCAGAACCCCCUGAGACAGAAGCUGCCUCCAGGGGCCGAGGCAGGGGCUUUGCUGGCUGGAGAGCUGGGCUUCCUGUCACAGCCGCUGGGGGCCUUUGUGCGGCUGCGGGAUCCAGUGGUGCUGGGGCCCCUUACUGAGGUGCCCCUCCCCAGCAUGUUUUUCUGCCUCCUGCUCGGCCCCCCAAUGCUGGGAAGGGGCUACCAUGAGUUGGGCCUGGCAGCCGUAGUCCUCAGUGACCCAGUGAGCUGGGCAGCUCAUCAGGCCAGCAACCUCCAAGACCUUCUGGCAGCUCUGGAUGCCUUCCUAGAGGAGGUGACAGUGCUCCCCCCAGGUCGGCGGGAUCCGACAGCCCGGAUUCCCCCACCCAAAUGUCUGCCCUCUCAGCAUAAAAGGUACCCAGGGGCCAUCAUUCCAUACAGAUCCUUCCCUACAGGUCUUGGGUCUAGUUCUACUGUUGGGGAGGGGUUGGGGUCUCAGGAAAGGGAUAGGGACCUUUCGAUCCAGAGUCAGGCCGACCUCACUUUGAGUCUCUGUCGCUGUGAGAUCUUGAAAGAGUGCCUCCCCCCCUCCAAGCCUGGCUUUCUCGUCUGUAAAAAGGGCACAACCCUCUCAAAAUUGCUGGAGGUCAAGGACUCCUCCGCUCGGCACGGGGCCCCGGCUGAGGACAGGUGCAGCCAGGGGCCGCAAGUGCCCAAUCCGGAGUUACAGCGGACGGACAGGCUGUUUGGGGGUCUUGUACAGGACGUGCGCCGGAAGGCCUCGUGGUACCUCAGCAAUUUCUCCGACGCCCUGCACCUCCAGCGCUUCUCGGCCGUGCUCUACAUUUACCUGGCCACGGUCACGAACGCCGUCACUUUUGGGGGGCUGCUGGGAGAAGCCACCGACAGUGCCCAGGGGGUGCUGGAAAGUUUCCUAGGUACUGCGGUGGCUGGAGCUGCCUUCUGCCUGAUGGCGGGCCAGCCCCUCACCAUCCUCAGCAGCACUGGGCCAGUGUUGGUCUCUGAGCGCCUGCUCUUCUUCAGCAGAGAUUACAGCUUGGACUACCUGCCCUUCCGCCUGUGGGUGGGUAUCUGGGUGACCACCUUUUGCCUGGUGCUGGUGGCCACAGAGGCCAGUGUGCUGGAGCACUACUUCACCCGCUUCACCAGGGAAGGCUUCUGUGCCCUCAUCAGCCUCAUCUUCAUCUAUGAUGCCGUGGGCAAAAUGCUGGGCUUGGCCCAUGCCUAUCCUAUCCAAAGACCUGGCCCUGGCCUAGCAGGGUCCAUUGCCUACGGCUGCCUCUGCGAGUUCCCAGGCCUAGGAGGAAAUGAGUCUCAAUGGACAAAGACAAGGUUAAAAGACACCGAUAACAUCUUAAGCAUGGACCUAGGCCUGGUCAGUGUGUCAUUGCUGCCCCCAUCUGAGUGUGCCCAGCAGGGAGGCCACCCUCGUGGCCCUGGCUGUCAUACAGUCCCAGACAUUGCCUUCUUCUCCUUCCUCCUCUUCCUCACCUCUUUCCUCUUUGCCAUGGCCCUCAAGGAUAUCAAGACCAGUCACUUCUUCCCCUCUGUGCUAUGCAAGGUGCUCGGUGACUUCAACUCAGUUUUGGCCAUCCUCUUGGGCUGUGGCCUUGAUGCCUUCCUGGGCCUAGCCACACUGAAGCUCAUGGUGCCCAGAGAGUUCAAGCCCACCCUUUCUGGGCGUAACUGGCUGGUGUCACUCUUUGGAGCUAACCCCUGGUGUCUGAGCGCAAGCGCAGCGGCCCCACCUGCCCUGCUGUUGUCUAUCCUCAUCUUCAUGGACCAGCAGAUUGCAGCGGUCAUCCUCAACCGCAUGGAGUAUAAACUGCAGAAGGGGGCUGGCUUCCACCUGGACUUCUUCUGUGUGGCUAUGUUGAUACUCCUCACCUCAGCACUUGGGUUGCCUUGGUAUGUCUCAGCCAUUGUCAUCCCCUUGGCCCACAUGGACAGUCUUCAGAGAGAGAGAGCAGAUCCUGUGCCCCCCGGGGAGUACCCCCGCUUCCUGGGCAUCAGGGAGCAGAGGCUGACAGGCCUGGUGGUGUUCAUUCUCAUAGAAGUGUCCAUCUUCCUGGCACCUGUGCUCAAGUUCAUCCCAAUGCCUGUCCUCUAUGGUAUCUUCUUCAUGGGAGUGGCAGCACUUAGCAGCAUCCAGUUCACCAACAGGGUGCAGCUAUUGUUGAUGCCAGCAAAACACCAGCCAGAUCUGCUGUUCUUGCAGCAUGUGCGUUUGGGCAGAAUCCACCUCUUCACGGCCAUCCAGCUUGCUUGCCUGGGUCUGCUUUGGACAAUCAAGUCUACCCCUGCAGCCAUCAUCUUCCCCCUUGUGUUGUUGGGCCUAGUAGGAGUCCGAAAGGCCCUGGAGUGGGUCGUCUCACCACAAGAACUCCUUUGGCUGGAUGAGCUGAUGCCAGAGGAGGAGCGGAGCAUCCCUAAGAAGGGGCUGGAGCCAGAGCGCUCAUUCAGUGGAAGUGACAGCGAGGAUUCAGACCUGAUGUAUCAGCCAAAGGCUCCAGAAAUCAACAUCUCUGUGAAUUAG